GAUACAUCUGACAGCUGAUUGGCAUUUGAAAACAAAUCCAAGUAUUUAUAUUCCGGCCGAGAUGUGGAUUGCCUACGCCCUGGUGAUCCACGUACUGCUGCUGGGCUCCAUAUUCGUGAUCUACUUCCGCUCGCCGGUGAUCACUGGCCUCACUCCGCAGAAGCAUCCUCUGUACUAUGGUUUGGAGGCGCCGGCGAAUCGCUUGGUGCUGAUCGUGACCGAUGGAUUCCGCGCCGACUCCUUCUUCGAGGAGAACUGCCGCUAUGUGCCGCACCUGCGUGAGAUCUUCCUGCGCGAGGGCUUGGUGGGCAUUUCCCGCACCCGCGUACCCACAGAAACCAGACCGGGACACAUUACCCUGAUCGCCGGACUCUACGAGGAUCCAUCGGCCGUGCUGCGUGGCUGGAAGAAGAACCCCAUUGACUUUGACACCGUGUUCAACCGUAGCGCACAGACCUACGCCUGGGGCGCCGAAGAUGUAAUCAGUGUGUUCUCCCAUCUGUCCGGCAGCGGGAAAAUGCACUUUCGCUUCUACGACCACGAGCUGGACUUUUCGCCGGGCUACGAUGCCUAUGAGCAGGACGAGUGGGUGUUCAAGCGGGUCAGGUUCCUGCUCCAGCGAAAGGGCGAAUCCUUGCAGCACGCCAAGAACGUGGUCUUCUUUCUGCACCUCCUGGGACUGGACACCGCCGGACAUGUCCAUAAGCCGGGGGCGCCAAAGUUUCGCCAAACAGUGGAUAAGACGGAAAAAGGAGUUUACAAAAUCUACAAGGAGUUCGAGCGGGUGUUUCCGGACAAGAGAACUGCCUACUUGAUGACCGCUGAUCAUGGAAUGACUGACUCGGGUGCCCAUGGCGCUGGUUCCCCCCAUGAAACGGACACUCCUUUUAUCCUCUGGGGCGCCGGAGUUUCCCGCUCGGCUCCCAAUCCUGGAGGACGGACAUUUAUGCCCAACAACGAAGGUCCUGCGAUGCCGAUGUACGAGUUGGAGCAAGCGCAGCUCACACCCUUGAUGUCUGCGUUGGUGGGUCUCCCACCGCCCAUGAACAACUUUGGAACGUUGCCCGUGGGCUACAUGAACGCCAGCAAGGAGUACGAGGCCAUGUCUGCCCAUUUGAACGCUCUGCAGCUUUUGGAGCAGUAUGCAGCUCUCCAAAAGCAGCACAAAAAAGGAUUUUUCGCAGGAGUCUUAUCGGAGUUCGAAGUUCUCCCAUCUGAUGCAAUCAAGACAUACAAGGAAGGAAUCCUAAAACUGCACAAGAAGAGAGAGUACUUACAUUCUAUAGCGAAGAGUCAAGUCAUCAUGUCGCAAGCUCUUGAAGGAAUCGAUUAUUAUCAUGGAUAUUACCGUAGAGCGCUUUUACUGAGCACCACUUCCACUUUCCUGGGAUGGAUAUUCUACCUGUACCGCCUGCUGUCCAGGAACAGGGCUAGCAAAGUGGAGCUGAUCCUUGAGAAGAGCACAAAGCUGGUAAGACUAAGCCUGGGAAGUUAUGUGGUCCUGCUGGUGAUUUGUCUGCUAAGCCAACGAACACCGCUGGAUAUAUCCUUUUACCUGUUGCUCCCGAACUGCGUCUGGCUGAAGGCUUUGCAGCCUUGGAACCUCAACUUCUCUUCCUCGCCAGCAUCGGCGUACAGUGUUCCCGCCCUGCAGACCACUAUGUGGCAGCUCAUAUUGAUCAUUGCUUGCGCGGAACUGAUGGUCUUCACCUUCUUCGAGCGCCGCCUGAUCUCACUUGGUUUCUUUGUCUUCGCCUGCUACAAUGGUUGGUCUAGCUUCCCACCAAAGUCCAGGGAGUUCUUCUCGUGGCUGGCAUUGGUCCUGGUCUUGGCCUGCUUUCCCCUGCUGCCUUUGUCAGUGGGUUAUCAGAAUGGAUACCUGCUAGCAGCUGGAGUUAUUACGAUCCUCAUAAACUCACUUUGGAAUACGAGGGCGAGAUUAAGCUACAAAAAUCACACCAAAUACUGCAAUGCCCUGAUCCUGCUGCAAACCAUAGUGUGUGCUUAUCUUCACUCAAUCGGAAGGAAGACUCCGAUUCCUAUCAAAUUAUGUAGCUGGAUGUUCCUGAUAUACGCCUUCACCUCCAUUGUGAUGAGCAAGGAACCAAGACUGGAGCAACGUCUAGCCCAGAUAAGCUUUAAUCUGGGAUCCUUGUACGCAACACUAUGUACCUCUUACGAAGCUGUGUUUGUCCAGUUGCUGGCCCUGGAACUGGGUCUCUCGCUGAGGGCGCAGAAUGCCCAGGCUGAGAGGUCAGUGCUUCGACUGGCCUUCACCCUGCUGCUGUACACUUUCUUUUCGCUUUUCGGAUCCGGCAACAUAGCCUCGAUCAGCUCUUUUGACCCGAACAUCGCUCGUUGCUACCUCAGCCACUUUGCACCCUUUGUGAUCAUGGGUCUGGUGCUGUUGAAGCUUCUGGUGCCGGUGAUCCUGGUCAUGGCGGUGGUCUAUGCCCAGAGCGAGUUUGUGCGCCAGCAUGAGGAACAGAUCUUCAUUUGCCUGCUGCUCAUCUGCGAUGUGAUGGGCCUAAACUUCCUGUUCCUGGUGCGCAACCAGGGCUCCUGGCUGGAUAUCGGUACGUCCAUAUCCCACUUCGUCAUCAUGGAGGUGACCACGCUGGUGAUCCUCUUGCUUUUCUACACCGCCAAGCAGUUGCUACGAGUUAUCCCGUGGGAGGAAAUCGACAUCAAAAAGCUGCCACUGCGCUUAAUACACUGGGAUGUGAUUAGCGCAAAGCAUCACUAGCCUUAAAACCGAUUUAACCAAAC